ACCUGUUGGCCAGCCCCGGCCCCGGCCCCGGCCCCGGCCCCGGCCCCGGCCCUCGGUGAACCCAACCUCCCGGGUGGGUCCCGCCCGCCACCAGGGUAGCCCUGUCGGCCGGCUCCACGCCGGCCGCCCCUGCGGCUUCCGACGACGUGCCCGGCGGCGUCCGCCGGCCCCGGAGCCGGGAGACCUGUGCGCCCCUCGGCCGACGGCUCUUGUGUCGGGGUGGCACACGAACGCUUCGCCGGGAUCAAAAAUUCUCGGCCCAUCGGAUUUCUUUUCCUGCCUGCGCGGCCAGACGCCUCCCAGCCGAGCCGACGGGCAGCCCGCGGCCCGCGCCCGGCCCGCCGACGCGCUCGACCGGCAACGGGGCGUCCCCACCCCGCGGGGAGCAGAGACACGGCACCAGCCAGCAAGCCGCACCUCGGGGCGGACAGCGGGAGAAUGGAAGCAGGCGGAAGCGUGCGGUGGGACGCGGCUGGAAGCCGCCGGCCCCCCGCGUCACUGGACUCGAAUCGCCGGCAGAGGCGGCGGGCGGGCGGCCGCCUGCUCAUGCCGGCUCUCCGGCGGUCCGCGGAGGUCGUCGGCCCCGGGCCCGCCUCGUGCGGGCCCGGCACGGAACCGCCCUUCGCCGCCGGCUCCCGCGGCGCACCGCCUUCUGGGCUUUUCCCCGCCCCCGGUCGGCGACGCUUGCCGGGCGGCCCCGCCCUGCGACGUCACCCUGCCUGGCACCGCCUUCCGGGCUUUCCCCGCCCCCCUGCUGGGCGACAGCUGGGGCCGACGGCGGUGGCCCCGACCCACCCACGCCCCAGGCGGCUCCCCAAGCGGCCGGCCGCUCGGCACGGCGACAACGCCUGCGGGGGCUGAGGAGCGGGCCGACGGGGCCGCCGGCAGCUUGAGGCUUUCGCUCCGACGGCGCCUUCCUUCCCGCUCGCCCCCGGCCGGCCCCACUGAAGCCUGCAGGCAGACGGCAGCCCCGCUGAUCGAGCCAGCCAAGCAGAAAGCGAGGUGGAAGCCGGGCCGCCAUCUGCUCGGACCCGGACGGGGGAGGGAGCGCCGCCGGCUUCCGAAGGCCCUCUCCCGCCCUCCCUCCCUCUCGGGGAGAAGCGAAGGCGGCGAGGGGCUCAGGCCGAUAGGGGAGAGCCGCUCGACGCAUCGCACGGCGGCCCGCCGGCUGACAGCAGGUCAAACCAGCGGCCGGCCGACAGUCUACCCAGCCGCUGAAGGCCGCCGGCCGACAAAGGCCCCUCGCGUGCAACAGGUCUACCCAGUGGCCACCAGCCGCCGAGGGCGGCUCGCGUGCCCCUGGGUGCCACCCCAGGGGCCGCCAGCCGCCAACGGCCGCCGGCCGCCGAAGGCCGCUCGCGUGCCGCUGGGCUCCCCACCCAUAAAGGCCGCCAGCCGCCGCGGGCCGCUCGCGUGCCGCUGGGGCUCCACCCAAGAGGCCGCCAGCCGCCGCGGGCCGCUCGCGUGCCGCUGGGCGCCCACCCCAGAGGCCGCCAAGGGCUGGGCCGGAGCCGCUCGCUCUUGGCGUGGCCAACGGGUGGACUUCCCCCGCUUCCACCAGCGCCCGCGCGCCGGGGAAGGGAAGCCCGCCGCCCGCCGCCGCCGCCGCCCUCGAGGCCAAGCCCCCGCCCCGCGUAUCGGGCCUGGGACCCGCGCGGAGGGAAGUCGAGGCCCCUCGCGGCCCGCGGCGGGGCCCCUCUCGGCCCGUCGCGGCACGCGGCUCCCACCCCCCAAGGAUUUGGGCUCGGCCGCGCGCUCCGGCCCCCGGACUCCGCGUAUCGGGCCUGGGACCCGCGCGGAGGAGAGCGCGAAGGCGCGGCCAGGGGGGGGGGACGACCGCGCCGGCCCGGGCGCCCGCGCGCCCGCGCCGCCGGAGCCCCCUGUCGGCCCCGGGCCCGCCGCCGAGAGAGGCCUCGGUGGAGGAGGAGGAGGAGGAGGUGGACGAGAGGAGGCGCCGCGCACGCGCGCGACGCCCCUGCCCGCGCCGGGUGCCCCACGAUCGUGCGGUACGCGGCGGGGGAGAGGCGGCGCCGCAUCCGUCCGCCCCUCCGGGCCCCGACCACGAGCGGCGCUCCGCACCGGGCCCGCCCGCCGGAGCGGGCGGGCGGCCGGCUAUCGCGAGCCCACCGAGGCUCCGGCGGCGCUGCGGUAUCGCUACGUCUAG